AUGGGCUUCUCUGGCUGUGCUUCAGCACGGAGAGUGAAUGGAACUCUGUUCCGCCACAGGGAGACAGAGCUCAACACUUCCUCAAGCCUGGAUGAAGCUGCUUUGUUCUAUCUGCUGGAGGAAUGGGCUCUCAGCUCCCCGGGCACACCCGUGAAGAUGUUUUUGAUCCCUCCGGUCGUCUGCCUCGUGGCAGGAGUCCUCAUCAUUCCUCCCAUCUUGUUUGUGAUCUGCUCUCGGUGCAGCAUCCGCCAGGAGUCGAGGUACAUGCUGCUGGGGAACGCUCUGCUUUCUGACCUGGCCUACCUGCUCUGCUACACCCUGUCUGCGGCGCUCAAUGCCGCUCGGGUGCAGCUCCCCAAGGAGGCCUGUGUGCUCCUGCUCUUCUCGCUGGCCGCAGCCUGCUGCGGAGGGCUGUUCACAGCUGCUGCCAUGGUCCUGGACACGUCCCUAGCCAUCCUCUUCCCCUUGCGCUACGCUGCCGUCCUGCCUCCUUCACGGACCAGGCGAGUCAUUGUGCUGCUGUGGAUGUGCUCCGGGGCCUUCCCGGGGGUUUUCUUCUUGGUGCUCUGGAGCACUCGCAGCUUUCUGCCCUGUGUCCUGGAAACCUGCUCUGUUCCAGUGAUACUGAUGUUAACUCUGAACGGGACUGAUGCUGUGAAACUCUGUUUCUGGCUUUCUACCAUGGUCAUCUUUCUCUGCCUGUCUCUAAUGUUUUGUUGCUAUGCUAUUCUGUAUUUUAAAACCAAACAAUCGGGUAUAUGGGAGGGCAUCUGCUCCAGAGCCAGUGUCACGUUCUUAAUGCACAACACUGUGUUUUUUUCCCACUUAUUCCCACUCUUGGCCCUUUUUGUAGAAUCAUUCUUGUGUGUUAACGUUGUCAUCAGGCUGCAGACGGGAAUCUGGGUCUCCCUGAUAGUCUGCAAUGUCCUGAUGAUUCUGCCUAAAGUGUUGUUCCCUCUCCUGUACGGGCUUCGAUACAGAGAGAUCUCGGCGUCUCUCAAAUCCAUGGUUAGAAAGAAGCAGCUUCGCCUGGUGUCACCUGCCCCAUCCCCACCCUGA